AUGGCGCAGGCGGCAGAUGAGUCCAAGGCGAUGGCCUCGGAGGUGUUCCUAAGCAAAUACCGCAAGGUGAAAUCCAUUGGAAAAGGUAGCUUUGGUGAGGCGGUGCUAGUGCGGUCGAAAACGGACGGAAAACGCUACGUCGUGAAGGCGAUUGAGUCAGCGUCGAUGACAGUAAAAGAAAAGCGCGAUGUACAGAACGAGAUCCGCAUUCUCUCGGCCGUGAACCACCCCAACAUCAUCCGCUACCAUGAGCACUUUGAGGACGGGACCCUCAUCUUCAUUAUUAUGGAGUACGCCGACGGCGGUGACUUGAAUUCCCGCAUCAAGGAAGCGAAGAAGCAGGACCCGGUGAAACCAUUUGAGCCGAAGUUGGCGAUGUUUUGGUUCCUGCAAAUAUGCAUGGCGCUAAAGUAUCUGCACGACAACCAUAUCCUGCACCGUGACUUGAAGACGGCAAAUAUAUUUUUGACGUCCAGAAAUGUUGUCAAGUUGGGUGACUUUGGAAUUUCAACGGUCCUGCAGAACACUAUGGCGUGUGCAAAGACGGUGUGCGGCACACCGUACUACUUUUCCCCAGAACUGUGCCAAAAUAAGCCAUAUAACAACAAAAGCGAUGUGUGGGCACUUGGUGUUGUUUUCUAUGAGUUGCUAACACUCCAACGGCCCUUCAAUGCCAGGUCGCUAAAAGAACUUUUGAAGAAAAUUCUUGUGGGCCAAUACGAUCCCAUUCCGUCUACAGUUCCAGCAGAAAUGCGUGGGCUCUGUGCGGCACUGUUGCAGGUAACUCCUGUUCAGCGGCCUAGCAUAAAUCGAGUUUUAGAGAGUCCGUUUGUACAAGAGUCGCUGAGGAGCUUUAGUGUGGAUCUUGAGAAGCAGGCGGAGAAGGAGCGAGCAGAAUUCGAGAAAAAGUGCCCGGCUCCCCCCAAAACUGCACCAAAACCAAUCCAAGAUAGACCGAAAGAGAUUCCAAAGCCGCCCCAAAUGAGUGAACGCGAACAGAUGGCUAUGCUGCGUGGAAUGAACAGGGAAAGUAUGAAGGCAAUGCUUGCAAAGCAAGCGGCCACGGAUGCAACAGCACCUGAGUCCGCGCCCCAGGAGCCGCAGGUCGAGGGGCACUCAGAUGUGGAUGACGAUGGAGAUUACAUUGAGCAAAAGAAAGCCAUUGUGCAGCAGACGAAGGGCAUUGUUGGCAACACAAACCUCGGUGGGCACCCGGAGGAGUUUGGCGACGGACCCUCCACAAGCACCCCGCAGGCCGAUGUGAUUACACUUUCCAACGGAGAAGCUGUACCGGCGUCGUCUGUACGCGGCAUUCUCGAGGAGCAAAUGGGCGCCGCGCUGCUGAAUAAGGCAGUGGAGCUCUACAAUAAGCGUAUGAUGACCAGCGGUCUCUCCAAUGCAGAGAUCCAGCGCGAGUUAAAUGAGUUGGUUGGGCCGAAAUAUGCACACCACUCCAACGCCAUUACAAAACUUUGCGUGUACGAAGGAAAGGAAAAACUUUAG